AUGAAGGCCUUCGCAAUCAUCACCCUCGCUUUUGCUGGAGCCUCCGCCUUUGCUCCUCAAGCAUCCACUCAAAAGACUUUUGCCUGUCUUCAAUCCUCUGUGGAUGAUAAGACUGAAGUCCGCGAGUACUUCAACACAGAGGGAUUCAAUCGUUGGAACAAGAUUUAUUCCGAGAGUGAUGAGGUCAACUCCGUCCAACUUGAUAUCCGUACUGGUCAUGAUCAGACUAUCCAAAAGAUUUUGAACUGGGUCCAGGCUGAUGGUGACAAUAAAGGAAAGACUUUCUGUGACUGCGGAUGCGGCGUUGGCAGUCUUGCCAUUCCACUCGCCCAAAUGGGUGCCAAGAUUUCUGCCAGUGAUAUUUCCGACUCCAUGGCCAACGAAGCUGCUCGUCGUGCCAAGGAAAUGGGAAUUAAGAAUGCCAAAUUCUACACUUCCGACUUGGAGUCCGUCACUGGAAAGUACAACACUGUAACUUGUGUUGAUGUUGCAAUUCACUAUCCUACCGAAAAGAUGUCCGAGAUGGUUGGCCACUUGUGUUCUUUAGCUCAAGACAGAGUUAUCAUUUCUUUCGCUCCCAAGACCUGGUACUACGUUUUCUUGAAGAAGAUUGGAGAACUUUUCCCUGGCCCCAGCAAGACUACAAGAGCGUAUUUGCACGAGGAAGAGGUUGUUAGACAGGCCUUGAGCAAGGCUGGAUUUGAAGUUGCCAGAGACGAAAUGACGGCAACCAACUUCUACUUCUCCAGACUUUUGGAAGCCAAGAGAGUAUGA